CUUUGUGCUUCCCCCAGAAGAUGGGAGCGACCUCUCCCUGGUCGGGAGCUAUUUAAAAGGAGGGCGUGCGCUGUAUUUCCUCCCAGCGUGGAGGAACGGGGGAAGAUCCAUUCACACUCCCCAAACCAGUAGGUUGUGACAGUUGGAAGUCUCAUUGUACAACAUGCUGCGAUUAAGUCUCUCACCCACCUUUUCAAUGGGAUUUCAUCUGUUAGCCAUCGUGGCUCUCUUAUUUUCCCAUGUGGACCAUGUAAGCACUGAGACAGAAAUGGAAGGAGAAGGAAACGAAACUAGUGAAUGUACUGGCUCAUAUUACUGUAAGAAAGGGGUGAUUUUACCCAUUUGGGAACCACAAGACCCUUCUUUUGGGGACAAAAUUGCUAGAGCUACUGUGUAUUUUGUGGCCAUGGUCUACAUGUUUCUUGGAGUCUCUAUCAUAGCUGACCGGUUCAUGUCCUCUAUAGAAGUCAUCACAUCUCAAGAAAAAGAAAUAACCAUAAAGAAACCCAAUGGAGAGACCACCAAGACAACUGUGAGGAUCUGGAAUGAGACAGUUUCUAACUUGACCUUGAUGGCCCUGGGGUCUUCUGCUCCUGAGAUUCUCCUUUCAGUAAUUGAAGUGUGUGGCCACAACUUCACUGCGGGAGACCUUGGUCCUAGCACCAUUGUGGGAAGUGCUGCGUUCAAUAUGUUCAUCAUUAUUGCACUUUGUGUUUACGUGGUCCCUGAUGGAGAGACAAGGAAGAUUAAGCAUUUGCGUGUGUUCUUUGUGACGGCAGCCUGGAGCAUCUUUGCCUAUACCUGGCUUUACAUUAUAUUGUCUGUCAUCUCUCCUGGCGUUGUGGAGGUCUGGGAAGGUUUGCUUACUUUCUUCUUCUUUCCCAUCUGUGUUGUGUUCGCUUGGGUAGCAGACAGGAGGCUUCUUUUUUACAAGUACGUCUACAAGAGGUAUCGGGCUGGCAAGCAGAGGGGAAUGAUUAUUGAACAUGAAGGAGACAGGCCGUCUUCCAAGACUGAAAUCGAAAUGGAUGGGAAAGUGGUCAAUUCUCAUGUUGACAAUUUCUUAGAUGGCGCUCUGGUUCUGGAGGUCGAUGAGAGGGACCAAGAUGAUGAAGAGGCAAGGCGAGAAAUGGCCAGGAUCCUGAAGGAACUGAAGCAGAAGCACCCAGAUAAAGAAAUAGAGCAAUUAAUAGAAUUAGCUAACUACCAAGUCUUAAGUCAGCAGCAAAAAAGUAGAGCAUUUUACCGUAUUCAAGCUACUCGUCUGAUGACUGGAGCUGGUAACAUUUUAAAGAGGCAUGCAGCUGACCAAGCAAGGAAGGCAGUUAGUAUGCACGAGGUCAACACAGAGGUGGCUGAAAAUGACCCUGUUAGUAAGAUCUUCUUUGAACAAGGGACAUAUCAGUGCCUGGAGAACUGUGGUACUGUGGCCCUGACCAUUAUUCGCAGAGGUGGUGAUUUGACCAACACUGUGUUUGUUGACUUCAGAACAGAGGAUGGCACAGCCAACGCUGGGUCUGAUUAUGAAUUCACUGAAGGAACUGUGGUCUUUAAGCCUGGUGAGACCCAGAAAGAAAUCAGAGUUGGCAUUAUCGAUGAUGAUAUCUUUGAGGAGGAUGAAAAUUUUCUCGUGCAUCUCAGCAAUGUCAAAGUAUCUUCUGAAGCUUCAGAAGACGGCAUACUGGAAGCCAAUCAUGUCUCUACACUUGCUUGCCUUGGCUCUCCCUCCACUGCCACUGUGACUAUUUUUGAUGAUGACCACGCAGGCAUCUUUACUUUUGAGGAAGCUGUGACUCAUGUGAGUGAGAGCAUUGGCAUCAUGGAGGUGAAAGUAUUGAGAACAUCUGGAGCUCGAGGAAAUGUUAUCGUUCCCUACAAAACCAUUGAAGGGACUGCCAGAGGUGGAGGAGAGGACUUUGAGGACACUUGUGGAGAGCUCGAAUUCCAGAAUGAUGAAAUUGUGUAAG